AUGGAUGCUCCGCAGGUCCGCGGGCGCCGGGGGCGGGGAAAGCGCCGGCUCCGCUGCGCGCUGGCCCCGCCCGGGACCGGCCGGAGCGCGGGGCCGCCCCCUUCCUCCCUCGCCGGCGCUGGGCUGAGCCGGGCGCCCAGAAACCGAGUCGGCCCCGAGCUCCCUGUUUGGUUUUUGGGUGGCGGCGGCCUGAGGAGGAACAUGGCGUUGGUGGGCAACGGAGCCGAGCUCGAGGCGGACGAGGACAUCUUUGAAGAUGCAUUGGAAACCAUCUCUAUGUUUUCUCGCACAGAUAUGGCAACAAGCAGCCGUCCCUUUGCAUCAUUUGAUACCAAACUGGCCUCUGGACGGCUCAGAUCGUCUAAUGUGAGCAGGUCAACAUCAAACAAGGUGGAUCUCAAGUGUGGCCUAGAAGAAUGUGCAGUGGCAUUGAACUUAUUUCUAAGUAACAAAUUUACAGAUGCCUUAGAAUUGCUUCGACCAUGGGCUAAGGAAAGUAUGUAUCAUGCCUUGGGCUACAGUACCAUUGUGGUGUUGCAGGCGGUCAUGACCUUCGAGCAACAGGACAUCCAAAAUGGCAUUUCUGCUAUGAAGGACGCAUUACAAACCUGCCAAAAAUACAGGAAAAAAUGCACAGUUGUAGAAUCUUUCUCAAGUCUUCUUUCUAGAGGAUCAUUGGAACAGCUGACUGAAGAGGAAAUGCAUGCCGAAAUCUGUUAUGCCGAGUGUCUCCUACAGAAAGCAGCACUCACGUUUGUGCAGGAUGAAAAUAUGAUCAACUUCAUCAAAGGUGGACUAAAAAUUAGGACGAGUUACCAAAUAUAUAAAGAAUGUCUUUCUAUUCUGCAUGUAAUUCAGAAGAACAAAGGUGAACAGCAGUUCUUCUAUGAGUUUGAAGGGGGUGUCAAGCUUGGAAUAGGUGCCUUUAAUUUGAUGCUCUCCCUUUUACCAGCACGGAUCAUCAGACUACUAGAAUUUAUAGGAUUUUCAGGAAACAGGGAGUUGGGCCUUCUGCAGUUACAGGAAGGUGCAUCAGGAAGAAGCAUGAGGUCUCCACUGUGCUGCUUAACUAUACUAGCUUUUCAUACUUACAUCUCCCUAAUACUUGGUACAGGAGAAGUGAAUGUUGUGGAAGCGGAGAACCUCCUUGCACCCUUCCUCCGGCAGUUUCCAAAUGGCUCCCUCAUGUUGUUUUAUCAUGCCCGGAUAGAGCUGCUGAAAGGGAAUGUGGAAGAGGCACAAGAGAUAUUUCGAAAAUGCAUUUCAGUUCAAGAAGAAUGGAAACAGUUUCACCAUCUCUGUUACUGGGAGCUGAUGUGGAUUUAUGUAUUCCAACAAAACUGGAUGAAGGCAUAUUAUUAUUCCGAUCUGCUUUGCAAAGAAAGUAAAUGGUCCAAGGCAACAUAUGUGUUCUUGAAAGCUGCAAUUUUGAGUAUGCUUCCAGAGGAAGAUGUAGUAGCAACUAAGGAGGAUGUAGUAACUUUAUUCAGACAGGUGGAUAGCUUGAAGCAGAGAAUUGCAGGGAAAUCUAUCCCUACUGAGAAGUUCGCUGUAAGGAAGUCUCGACGUUACUCUGCCUCGUUGCCUGCACCAGUGAAGCUCAUCGUCCCUGCCCUGGAAAUGAUGUAUGUCUGGAACGGUUUUCCAGUAGUGAGCAAGAGAAAAGACCUUUCUGAAAAUCUGUUGGUCACUGUUGAAAAGGCUGAGGUUGCUUUACAAAAUGAAAACAUAAGUGACUACUCUGUGGAUGAUGAGUGCUUGGUGAAGCUGCUGAAGGGAUGCUGUCUGAAGAACCUGCAGCGGCCCUUGCAAGCCGAACUCUGCUUCAAUCACGUCAUCCAAAGUGAAAAGCUACUGAAGUAUGACCACUACCUGGUACCAUUUACCCUGUUUGAAUUGGCCUUUUUAUACAAAAGCCAAGGGGAAAUUGAUAAGGCCAUAAAGACCCUAGAAACUGCAAGAAACAACUACAAAGAUUACUCCAUGGAGUCCAGACUACACUUCCGAAUUCAGGCAGCUCUUCACCUCUGGAAAAAAACUUCCUCCGAUUGAUCAGAACGUGAAGGAUGGAGUUUUGCCUCAGUUAGCAAUGGCAUCUGCUAUAGAUUAGACCUUGUAUUAAAGUGGAAAAUGAUCUUUUGAACGAGAGACAAAAAAUUAAUUUUAUUGUCAAUAUUUUCUAUUAUCUGUGUGGUUUACUGUUGGUCUGCGUAAAUGUGUUUUUUUUUUCAUAUGAAAUGAUGUUCAAUGUUCAGUACUAUCUAGAAAAUUCUUAUAUUUUGCCUCUCCAAAAAUAAUUUCAUAUUAGAUUUGGAGAAUGAAGAAGUAUUUUAAAGGACUCACAGGUACAAUAAAGUCUGAUUAGAUUAUUUAUUUUUUUAAUGUGGAAAUCAAUGUUUAAGUAGCAAAUGGCUUAUAAGUUGGGCCAUUUUUAGAUUUGGCUAGUAUUUGAAUUUAAUUAAGAGGGAAAAUAAAAAUCACCUACAUUCAAAACAGAUUAACAAUAACCUGAAGUCUCCUGAAUAAGACAGGUAGUGCGUGUGAAUAGGGACAGGAUAAUGUCCUUAAUGGGUUGAAGGGAACUUUAUCCAGAAAAGAUGAUGAAAUACUAGGUUUUGGGUUCUUUUUUUUUAUUCUUCACGUAAUUUAAAGAUGGUAACAUUUUUGAGUGACUAUUCUUUUUUUGAAUGUACUUAAGUCUAUUAUAAUAACAAACUUCAAAAAAGUAUCUAAAGGGAAGAAAAAGUCAUAUUUUAGAAAUUAUCCUCAACCUUAGCAAUGAAACUCUAAAAUGCAAAUGUUGAUUAUUUUUUUCUAUAGAAAACAAAGUUCCUGCUGCUUUAAAUGAUAAUGUAAAAUAUCAAUAAUUUUUAUACUCAUGAUGCUGGUGAGAUCUAGUUUUCUAAUCUGUCUAGCACUGUGAUAGUUCCUUCUAAAUAUCCGGGCUGUGCUUAGUCCUUUAUCGGGGAAACACAAUCAGGGCCAAAUGUGGAAGCAAGCCUUGUUCUGUUACUGCUUAGCAGCUGCCGGGGUAACCUUGAGGGAGAUCUCUGUUCUCUGCAUCAGCAUAUUUUCAUCAUCUGUGAAAUGGAAAAAAGAACAGAUGACUUUUCAAGGUCUCUUUCAGUUUUAUAACUGUGAGUCUGUGUAAUAGGUAUUUUCAGCAGUGUCAAACUGUUUAACGCAAACUAUCACCACAAAGUGCGUGUCUUAUUUUAUAAUUGUCUCUGCCUUCCCCUACUCCCCCCAUUUGUACAUUGUUGGGGCUAAUGGCAGGAUUGCAUCCAGGGUGAAGAGAAACCAUUCAUGGGUCCAUAAAUCAGGGCUUGGUCCCAUUUCUAUUCUAUUUUGAAGAGUAACCUAUCAUGGAAACCUCUGCCGCUGAACAGAAUAGCCUCAGAUUGGAGUCUGGAGCUCACCUCUGGUAGUCAAUAAUAAUUCCUUGAUGUGGAAUAAGUCAUUCGUUCUUUCUGUGACUCUGUUUCCCCAGUGGGGAUGGUGACAUACUGCUUGGUGCUUGUGAUGGCUCAGUUAGACAAUGCACAGAUAGCUUUUUGUAAACUGCGAAAGGCUAUGUGAAUCUAUGAGUUGCUGUAAUAAUUAGGGUUUUUAUGCACUGAUUACAAUAUCAACACAAAAAUUUUGGCUGAGUGUGUGGUCUCUGAUGUGAAAUGAAAGAAGUGCAGAAAUUCAAACACUUUUAAAUUUAUUUUUGUGUUUGGCACUGACAAUAACCCAGAUUAUGAAUUUGCUCCUUGCUGUUCAUUCCCUACUACAUGAGUCGGUACCCAGCAGGAAUUUUGGUCUUGUUUUCUUUAAGGUACUAAUUCUUGACCAAUACUGAGGGUAUGUUUCCAAAGGAAGAUGAUUAAUACAACCUGAGUUAGAGAACUAGACCUUCAGACAGCAUGGUGGGAGCUCUCACUAUGUGCUAUUAAUAUGAAUUACGUAGCUUUAUUUUAGGUCCAGACAAGAGGAAAUAAAAUGAACUGUUAUUAAAAUAUCAGCAGUGAAAUAUGUGUUAGAACUAUUUUGUAUACAAUUUGAGAAAUAGUUUAUGAAUUCCUUAGAAGAGCUUUGGUAGCAUUAUUUUUUUAAAGUAUAAACUCCCAUAUUGUUUUUGUGAGAAGCUGCAGGUCAGAGCAAAAGUCAGUAAAAACAUAUCUUUCUGGUGAAAUUUGAAAACAAUAUAAGCUAUGGUGGUUAUUCUUAUAUUGUUUUAAAUCUGCAUUACCAAACAAAUAUAAAGGAAAUUCCUAUCAUAAAGUUUUUCCUUUGUUAUUUUUUUUAUUUUGUUUUCAUUUUUACCUCCUAAUCUUUUUAUAGUUACCUGGUAAUUUGGAUACUCUAUCCAUUGACUGUUUAAUUGUUGUAAUAUCAUUAAUGCUACAAAUAAGUAUCUGUUUCCUGACCUGUUCAUGAUACCCCGGUUGCACCAGUUUCAUAUGGCACCAGCUAAUAUUGCAUUUUUGGAAUUACUUUGGAUUCAGGCUGCUUUGUGAAGAAUGAGUGUUGAAGUGACAAUAUUUUAUCUAAUGUUUUGAGGGGCAUAUGUGACGGGUUUGGACUGCCAAUGUGUCUGACAGUUUGUGCAAUUUGUGUAGUUUUUGGUAUAAUUUUCUUUUCUUUCAUUCUUUUUUUUUUUAAAUGGAGAGCCAGGGUUCUGAUUAGUGCUGUAUAAAUUUAAGACUCAAGUAGAGGUUAUGCUUUGUAGGAUCUGUAACAAGAAAGGCACUAUUUCUGCUUGAUAAUUAAUGGAAGAAUAACUACAUUGACUCUUACAUGGAUGUAUAUUUUAAUGUUUUUGUGCCUCUCCUGGAUGCAAGAAGGCCUCAAGACAAAGGAAGCUCAUUGAUUCUGUUUCAUCUAUAAGUGGGUAGAAGCUGUAGGGAGGUGAGUUUCAAAUUAAUCUGCGACAAGGAAGAUUUUUAAUCAUUGAAGCAAUCUAACAUAACUUCCUCUUUGGCAAAGUAGGCAAGUUAGCAGAACUAUGUGAUGUCAUUCUUACCUGGCCUGGGAACUUACAGUUGAACUUUGAGGUCACUCUAUGGGUCUUUGAUAAGAGCUUCAAUUUUAGUAUCUGUACUACUGAAGCAAGCACUGAAAAGGGGUUCAACUCAGUGGAUGUGUAUAAAGAAGGUUUCCCCGCUUUCAAAGAUAAGUGAGUAUUUCUUCUUUUGAAGCUACUGUAGACGUAGUUACAUUAUGAUAGGCACUAAUAGUCCCUUUGGCCAUUAUGAAUCUACUUCUCAUCCUUCUUUUAAAAUGAAUCUAUUGAUUCUUUGUCUAUUGAUAUUUUCUGGUUAAAGUUUUUCUUCCUUUAAACACUGAAAAUAAUAAUUGAAAAGGUCUUUGUGACUAACUGGAAAAAUUUCUGGCAUUACUCUAAUUCUUUGUUGAUUUUCCUUUUUACAUAUUUCUGUUUUUCUUCUAUUCUCUCUAUCUUUAUAAAUCAUAAAUUCAAAUGCAUUUAGUUAAAAUGAGUUAGUGAAAACUCUAGUGAUUGUUUAGAUGCCCUGAGAUUAUGUGAUUCAUCGGGCCUGGAAUGGAUCUUGGGAAAUUAUCUCCUCCCCCACCCAUCUUGGCUCUGGAUGGUGUUUCCUCUGCAGUCCUGCUCUGUCUGGUAUGGUGGCCACUGGCCACAUGGGACUAUCGAGCACUUGAAACAUGGCUAGUGGCCUGUGUUGGAAUGAUGCCGAGUGUCAGGAAGUGCUCACUUAUACAUGCUGCAGUUCUAUUUAAAGUAAAGGUCCCCUGAAAGCAUGUUUUCUAGAGUUCUGGCUUUUACUUACUGUCUACUAUGAUCAUUCAAUCACCAUCGUUGCAUUUUCAAUUCUGGUUUAAAUAUGUAUCUUUGAGGAUUGCUUUUUCUGUUCAACUGCUCAUAAACUUUCAUUUCAUCAUUUUAUUCUGCAGAUGAUCAAGGUCAUCUUUGAUUCUUCUCCACUCUCCCAGAGCUCCUUAAAUACUAGACUGAGACCUUAUUUUUAACAUUUUUUAGUCUUAUUUUAUAGACAUUCCUUGCUUUUCAGAUGCAACAACACAAACUAUUAGAGUUGUAGAGUGACUCACCUUGAGAUGUUAGUAGAUUUUAUGAUUAAAAUAAUAUGUGUGUGUAAUAUAUAUAUUAUAUAUAUAUAUAUAUAUAAAUAUAUAUGUAGUUUCCAUGCCCAACAUGGGGCUUGAACUCAUGACCUGAGAUCAAGACCUGAGCUGAAAUCAAGAGCCAGAUGCUUAAUUGAUUGAGCCACCCAGGUGCCCCUAAAAUAAUAUUUUCUAAGAUUAACAUUAUUCUGAAGAAUUGGCAUCCAGUGUUGAAGCAUUAAUGUUUCAGCUCAUGAAAAUUUCAGUCCAUUGACAUGACUCAGCUAUGCCUGUAUGACUAUUUAAGGAAUAUUAGGUACUGGUUACCCACUUAUAGAAUAAUUUGGCAGAUAGUUUAUUUAAAGUUAUAUAUUUUAAGCCUUUUGCUGCCUAUUACUAAUAUUUCGAAUGUGUAUGAUAUACUUAAGUGAUAUGUCUUCAUGUAAUUGACAUUUUUAUUCUCUGUAGACAUCUUUAGAUCAGAUAGGUAGUUAGAUAAAAAACAGUUUAUAAAUAUGAAGUAGACAAUGUUUUAUUUUGUUCUUUCAGAAAGAAUGCAGAUAUUUCUCCAGAUUGUCUCCCUUCCUGCAGACCAGUUAUUUAUAUAUUUUUCUUUACAUAUUAGAUUGCUUGUUUGAAACCUUGUUCCUGCUUCCCAUUGUUGAUAGCUUUGUCUUUUUUAUAUCUGCUAUUAGAUUUAGUUGUUUCAGAUUGUUGAAAUUGAAAUGUAAGGAAGGCCAUAUCAGAAUUUAUCAUGGGGGAAAAUACCUUCUCUGUGGAGCAAUUCUUGUCUGAUUUUGAUGGCGUGGAAGUCCAUUCCAAUCUGCUUAUGACUUGAAAAUUGCAGAAAGAAAUGAUGCAAGACUGUUUAGUGGAUUCAGAAGGCUGAGCAGGUUCUUGGCCUGAUCCAUCCCAAAGGGGUAGGUGGAUCCAGCUUUGGUGGAAGUCCAACCCCCAUUCUGUCCAGUUUAUAAAUGUAUCAGCACAUUAAUGCUGUAACAUGACCUUGCAUGGAAAAUUCAAAACCGCCCUCUCACUGUAUUUAAUAAAGAAUGCAUACUGAUGCCUACAGAUCAGGUAUUUAAUAGGAAAUCUCAAGGUACUUUGAAGUAUAAUACUAAGCUUUAUAAAGUAAAUCUUGUAUAUUAAUAUACAAUACACCUUGUGUGUUAAUCCAAUAGUUCUUAGAAAUACAAUUUAAAUGAUGAAUAUAUGGGAUGCUGGCAUAUCCCAGUGGGCACUUUUGUUUUAUUGCUACUUAACAUUUUCUAGUAAAUUUGUUUUAAUUAUUGGUAGUCUGACAUUAUUUAGGAAAAAAAGUUGGUCUCAGUGUAACAGAACUGAUAACCAGAGAAAUUGGAUCCAAUAAAUAUGUUAAAGAAUAUUGCUUAUCAUUUCAGUUUUAAAGAAAUUAUGUUACUUUGAAAUGCUGGAAGAUCAUCCUCAAUUUGAAGGGAUGACACUCCCUGCUUGGGAAAUCAUACAGACAUUUUUUUUUCUUUUUUCUUUUUUUUUAUAAAUUAAUUUUUAUUGGUGUUCAAUUUACCAACAUACAGAAUAACACCCAGUGCUCAUCCCGUCAAGUGUCCCCCUCCGUGCCCGUCACCCAUUCACCCCUACCCCCCGCCCUCCUCCCCUUCCACCACCCCUAGUUCAUUUCCCAGAGUUAGAAGUCUUUAUGUUCUCAUACAGACAUUUUAAUUCAUUCUUACCUUUAUUGGAAAUAAGUUUCCAGGUUAGUAAAUGCGUUUAAACAAUUUCCAUUAAUUACUUUACUUUUUACCUGAAAUGAUUUUAUUCUUCAUAGUAAACAGUUGCUUUAUAUGCAGUGAUUUGUUUUUUUAAGGAAAUGGUUUACACGAAAAGAGAGAUUACAAUAAACAUUAUAAAUCUUGGGCUAUUGGUUUAAUGGCUGAAGAAAACAGUAUGGUUGGGUACUUUGAUUUGCAAAAGGAGAACACACAUGUUCUACUGAUAUGUGCUAUCCAGAAAAAUUACUUCAUUCUUAACCAGUAUGUCACAUUCUCAUGUUGUCUAAAGGGAAAAUUUUUAAGUAGCUUAUUAUUUAUUAUUUUUUCCCCAUUGCUAACUGUUGACAUCCAAACACCUGAAUGAAUACCAGUGGAGGCAUUUAUAUGCUAGUGUUUUAAGUAUUUAUUUGCAAAUAUUCAUAGAACUCUUGAAUUUUUUGAUGCAAGUUGCUAAAUCAGAUGUAAAGGUAAAAUAUAUAUUUAAUAAGGGAGAAGUAUUAUUUUAUUACUGAAAUUUAUUUCUAAAGCAAAUUUAUUUUGUAGGUAUUUCACUUGGGAAAUUUUGCUUUGCCUUAAAACACAAACAAAAUAAACCUGUCUUGUGAUCUGCUUACCUAAAAACCUUUAAUGUUUCCUUGCCAUGUAGGUGAAUUUUGAAAUUCUUCAAAAAUGUAUAUUUUUCACUUUCAUUUGGAUGAAACAAAAAUAGAGGUCAUAGACUUUGUAAAUCAGUGUGUGGUUUCCUGUGGAAUGUACUUUAUAAUUCAAUGUUUUAUUAGUAAAAAUUGCCAACAUUUUAUCUUCCCUCUUUCUCUUCUCAUUACACUUGAAUUUAGUUUCAUAUCUUUUCCAUUCCCAGUGGUCACAGUUUUACAGAGCAAGACAUUUUUAGAAAUUUAAGAUGUAUGAGUUCUAUGUAAGAUGAAUGUGUUAGUAGCAUCCAUCUGCUGAUCAAAUAGGCAUUGGAUCUGGUACCAGAAAGUGAAAUAGAUUAUAUCUAUAAAAGCAUUUUAUCAAUGUAAGUCAGAAAGAAGAAAACUGUGAACUUCUGAUAUUUUUAAUAUAAAAACUGUGUUCCCCAUGAGUAUUUGCUUGCUGAUUUUGUGUUAAUGUUAUCACCUAUGAUUUGUAAGCUAAUGCUGAUAUGACAUCUACAUUUUCAACAUGAAGACAACAGUUCCUGUAGCAUAUUUUUAACAUUUAAGACAUUUUUGAAAACAGAUGCCAUCUUAGAAGUUGUAUUUUUAAGUGCAAAUAAAACAUCCCAUCUUGAAAGUCAA